AUGGCUAUAAUUUUUUAUAAGGAGAUAAUAAAUAAUUAUAAAAAAUUAUAUGAAUCCAAGGAAGGAUACGAUGUAAAAAUUUAUGCUGGUGAAAAACCAAAUGUAAAAGAAUUCCAUGUUCAUUCACUCAUAUUAAAAUCCCAAUCUAAAAUUUUCCAAACUCUUCUUACCAAAGAUAUUCAGAAAAAGGAUGGUUAUUAUAUUUUAAAUUUAAAUAAUAAUUCACCUAAAUUUGUUGAAAUAAUUUUAAGUUGUAUGUACAGUGGAAGUUUUGAUUUAACAAAAUUACAAUCUUGUGAAGAAAUAAUAAAUCUCUUAUUAUUAUCAAAUGAGCUCGGAUUUCAAUAUUUAGUUAAAUGCAUUCAAGAAACUUUGAUUGAAAAUUAUGAUUUUAUUAUUAAAAAUGCUAUUGAGAUUAUUGUAUUAACUUAUCAAAAACAUUAUUUAGAUAAUUUAUGGAAUUUCUGUCUUAAAAAAAUUUGUGAUAAUCCUGAUCACUUAUUUAAAUCAACUAAAUUUCUUACCUUUAAUCCGUCUAUUUUAGCAAUAAUUUUAAAACGAGACGAUUUUUGUAUUGAUAAUGAAAUCAUUGUUUGGGAAAAUUUAUUAAAGUGGGCAUGUGGUCAGAAUCCUGUUAUUCAACAAGAUAUUAAUAAAUGGAAAAAAAGUGAAUUUACGGCGAUGAAGAGAAGAUUAAGCAAGUUUAUUCCAUCGAUUAGAUUUUAUCAUAUACCUCCAGAAGAUUUUCUUCUAAAAGUAUAUCCUUUUAAAGAAAUAUUACCAAAUGAUUUAAUCAAUAACAUAUUUACAUAUCAUAUGGCACCAAGUAAAAGACAAUGUAUUAAUUUACAGCCUCAACGAAAACAACCAGCCAUAAUUACGCCUCAAUAUUUUAAUAUUUUUUCUAGUUGGAUUGACAAGAAAAAUAAUUCUUAUUAUAAUGGAAGAAAUAUUCCAUAUAAAUUCAAUUUACUUUAUAGUGCUGGUAGAGAUGGUAAUACAGGUGCAGCGUUUCAUGAAAAAUGUGAUGAUAAAGGUCCUACUAUAGUUGUAGCAAAAAUUGCAAAUUCAGAACAAAUAAUUGGAGGUUAUAAUCCAUUGGAUUGGAAACCAAAGAAUUCAAAUCAUAGUAAUUAUAAUAAGUCUACAAAAGAUAGUUUUAUAUUUUCAUUUAUGGACAGAAAUGAAUUUCAAACCGCAAAAGUAAGUUAUCCUAUUGAAGGGAAUCAUAAAUAUUCUAUUUGUUGUGUACCAGAUCAUGGGCCAAGAUUUGGUGUCGGUCUUGAUUUAGUAUGUCAUGAUAAUGGUAAUUGGGCAAGUAAUUCAUAUACUUAUUCUAAAAUUGAUAUUCCACCAAUGUUUACCGUAAAUGAUUACGAAGUAUAUCGAGUUAAUAGGUCAGAAUAUUAUUAUUAA